GGAUUUUGCACUUUUAAAUUUCAAAUUUAAUUUCCUAAAAACUUUAUUUUUGAUUUCUCACGAAAGUACACGUUAAUUAAGUCUUAAAGUUAGCCAGAUCAGUAACCAGACAUGCCUAGAGUAGCUAGAGGAAAGAAAACCACUGAAAAUAAUAAAGUAAGUGAUGAAAAAAUUGAUAAAAACGAGGUGACGCCAAAAGAUCAGGAAAUUCCAGGAAAAUUAAGUGUUCAGAACGAUAAAAUCGAUGAACCAGCACUCAAUGGCAAUGCAGAUAGUAAAAUAACUGUUAAAGCUACAAAAGGUGCUAAAGGAAAGAAGGAAUCAAAGAAUGAAACUGAAAAAGUGGAAUCAAAAACUAAAGGUGCUACAAAAAAGGCGGUUUCAAAGGAAGUGACAUCAAAUGACGAUAAAAUUGAAGAACAAGAUGUACCACAAAUACCUGAGAAUAAGAAACGUGCUGCAAAGAAGAAGAUUGAUGAAAUUCCCGAAGAAGUGCCAGCUGCCAAAAAACGGAAUAAAAAGGAACCGGUUAGUAAUGGAAAGGGUCCUCAAAAAGUAGAUGAUCAAGUCGAAAGUAUUGAAAAUAAUAAAAAAGAAGCACCAAAAAAGCGUGGCGCUAAGGAAACUGCUAAACCUGAUGAACAGCCGAAAGUUGAUACAUCAGAACCCGCCAAAAAGCGCUCAAAAAAGAUUGAAGAAGUUCCAGCUGUUGUCGAUGACAAAAAGAGAAUCGUUCGAAGAAGAAAUGCUAUUGAUGAACCUAUGGUCGAAUCUACUGAGCCUGAAAAGCCUGCAGCAAAGAAAUCUCGAGGCAAAACUGCAGCAAAAGAUGAAAAAUUAGCAGAUGAGCCUAAAGUUGAUGAUCUAGAGCCUGAAAAGCCAGUCUCAAAACAAACAAAAGGCAAAGCCAUCAAAAAAGCUGACAGUAAGGAAAAAGUUUCCCCAAAGAAGGCAAAAGGUAAAGGCACAGAUAAAUCAGAAAAUACAGAACAAAUUGCUGAUAAUGUGGAACCAAAAAAAGGCAAAAUCAAUAAGAAAGGAAAUAAAUCAGACGAAAAAGAGGACAGUAUUGAGGCUGAACCUAAAUCGGCACCAAAAAAAGGCAAAAUUACUAAAAAGGACAGUACAGAUGAACACAAAAUUGACGAGGAACCAAAGCCAUCAUCACCAAAACAAGUUAAAGGUAGAGCUGCUGCAAAAAAAGCAGAAAAAUCAGCGCCAGCAGAAAAGAAAUUCCAGAAUAGCAUCGAGUCAGACUUAAGCAUUGAUUAUAGUAUUAAGGAAAAAUGGAACCUCAAAAUUGUCACAUGGAACAUAUCCGGACUACGAAGCUGUGUUGAUAAGGGCUGUGUCGAUUAUUUCAAACAAGAAAGUCCAGACGUUAUUUGCUUAAAUGAAAUUAAAUGCGGUACUGAAGAUGAAAUUCCCGAAAAGAUCAAAUUAGACGGCUAUCAUACUUACUGGAAUGUAGCAAAAGGAAUGCCUGGUGUUGGAGUUCUCACAAAACAAUUUCCAGAAGAAGUAUUUUACGAUUUACCAGGACAAUUUGCUGAUGAGAAACGCUUAAUUACAGUCGAAUUUAAAAAAUAUUAUCUAGUCUGCUGUUAUGUCGUUAAUGCUGGUCGUGGAUUAAAAACAUUAGACAAGCGAUUAGAAUGGAAUAAAGCAUUUGAUGAAUACAUCAAGGAUCUUGAUAAGAAGAAGCCAGUCAUUAUUGCUGGAGAUAUGAAUGUUGCUCACGGUGAAAUCGACUUGGCUAAUCCAAAAGCUAAUCAUAAGAAUGCUGGAUUUACAAAGGAAGAACGUGAAGGAUUCACACAAUUGUUAUCUAAUGGAUUUGUUGAUACAUUCCGUCAAUUACAUCCCGAUGAAAAAGCUUACACAUUCUGGUCAUAUAUGAAUAACGCACGUGCCAAGAACGUAGGAUGGCGUUUAGAUUAUUUCAUCACAAGCGAACGUUUCAUGGAAAAAGUGAAGGAUAAUGUCAUUCGAUCUACGAUUAAAGGCAGUGAUCAUUGCCCCCUUGUUCUCUUCUUGGAUUUAUAAUUUCUUUAACAUUUUUAUUAUUCUUAUUAUUAUUUUGUUGCUUACUAUCCAUUCUUUC